CAGCCGGAGACUCCACAACCAGGAAGCGGAUUCCUCCGAGGAGAACCGGCCGCGCGCGCGCGCAGAGCAACGAACGCCAGAACCGGGUCAGACUUUUGUCUGCGACUGGAAAGUUUCGCGGCUCGGCGGAAGUUGCGGUGCUUCCUUAACUGAGGCGAGGGUGAGAACGAUCGGUGGGAGGGGAGAGAACCCUUUUGGGGGUGAGAGAGAGAAAAAAAAUCACGUGUUUAGAGAUCAAAGGAGAUCCGCUUUGUAGAGGAGGAGGAGGAAGAGGGGGAGGAGGGGUGAGAAAGAAAGAGGGAGACAGAGAGAGAGAGAGAGAGAGCGCAGUGUAAUUGACAAGCAGUGGUGAAAUAAACACGCUGCGGCUCCGGUUGCACAAUUCUCGCCGCUCUCCACGCAUCCAGCAGCCCCGACCCGAUUCACGAACCCGCCUGGAAUGAUGUUCCGAUCGGCGCCGGCGAGAUGAUGGUUCUACCGCGGAGAGGUGCUGGUGCCGGAGGAGGCUCGGAGCGUGUGUCGCUGGUGCUGCUGAUCCUGGUGUCGGCCGCCUCUCUCGGCACCGCCAAGGAUACCGCCUUUGUGGAAGUGGUUCUGUUCGAGUCCAGUCCCAAUGGAGAUUACACCACGUACACGACGGGAUUGCAGGGACGCUUCUCCAAAGCCGGAGCCACGAUCAGCGCGGAGGGGGAGAUCGUUCAAAUGCAUCCUCUGGGAUUAUGUAACAACAACGACGAGGAGGACCUGUACGAAUACGGCUGGGUUGGAGUCGUGAAGCUGGAGCAGCCCGAACUGGACCCCAGUUGCCUGACCGUGCUGGGAAAGGCGAAGAGAGCGGUGCAGAGAGGGGCGACAGCUGUGAUCUUCGACGUGUCCGAGAACCCCGACGCUAUCGACCAGCUGAACCAGGUGGGCGAGGACCCACUGAAGCGUCCGGUUGUCUACGUGAAGGGGAACGACGCCGUCAAGCUGAUGAACAUUGUCAACAAGCAGAAAGUGGCUCGAGCUCGGAUCCAGCACAGACCGCCCCGGCAGCCCACCGAAUACUUCGACAUGGGAAUCUUCCUGGCCUUCUUCGUGGUCGUGUCGCUGGUUUGCCUCAUCCUGCUCAUCAAGAUCAAACUCAAGCAGCGGCGGAGUCAGAGCUCCAUGAACAGGAUGGCCAUACAGGCGCUGGAGAAGAUGGAGACCCAGAAGUUCAAGGCCAAAGGGAAAGGUCUGCGGGAGAGCAGCUGCGGGACGUCGGACUCUCUGAGCAGCAGCUCCACGUCCGACUGCGCCAUCUGCCUGGAGAAGUACAUCGACGGGGAGGAGCUGCGCGUCAUCCCGUGUGCUCACAGGUUCCACAAGAAGUGCGUGGACCCGUGGCUGCUGCAGCACCACACCUGCCCGCACUGUCGACACAACAUCAUAGAACAGAAGAAGGGGAACCCGGGGCCGGCCUGCAUGGAUCCAGGAAACCCGCUCCACGGUCGCCAGCAGAGGGUGGUGCUGCCAGUCCACUAUCCCGGGCGAGUUCACCGCGCCGGACAGGUGACUGCGUACCCGACCAGGACCAGCAUGGACCCCCACGGCAACCCCAUCACCGUCCUCACUGUGGACCAGCACCCGGAUCCUCAGGGGCUGUACCCGCCGCAAUCGACGUCCGCCUUCCUCCGGAGCUACCACCCUGCCCUGCACCUGGACCACUCGAUGAACCCCCACCACUGUGGGCUGGAACACCGUGGCCCCCCCGCCUACCAGGCACAGCAUCACCCUGCCUUCAAGCGGCCCAAGUUUCACGGGCGCAACUUUUCCAGAGCAGCCUGCUUCUCCCAGUACGAGACCAUGUACCAGCACUACUAUUUCCAGGGUUUGACUUUCCCUCAGCAGCCUGAAGGUGGUGCUGGACCCACGGUAGCGGGACAUCUGGGUGGUGCGGCAGGGGCUCAUAAGGGCCACCACAGUAGAGCCUACCAGCAGGGACUCUUGUACCCCACAGUGGUGCACAUGGCACCUUCCACCUCAUCCAGAAUGGGGGACGGCGGCAGCUCUUCGGGCCUGAGCUGCUACCACGGCCACCGCUCUGUCUGCAGCGGCUACCUGGCUGACUGUCCAGGGAGCGACAGCAGCAGCAGCAGUUCGGGUCAGUGCCACUGCUCCUCCAGUGACUCCAUGUUGGACUGCACCGAGGUCAGUAACCAGGGGGUGUACGGCAGCUGCUCCACCUUCCGGAGCUCGCUCAGCAGCGACUACGACCCAUAUGUGUACCGGAGUCGAAGUCCAUGUCGGGGCUCUGCGGGGGAAGCAGGGAGUGCGGGGUGUGCGACGGCGCCCGCCGAGGACUCCUCCUCUUCUGCCCCCUCGGGACAUGACUGCCUCCAGCUUCCUUCAGGAGCUGCAGGCUACAGUUCGGGGGACCACCUCUCCAGUUGUAGUUUGGAGCCCAACUACAGCAGUCGCUCGUCACUGGAAACCCGGGAGAACGGCCACACCAGCACUACCUCAGGCGCCGUCUCGGAGGGCGCCAGCGCGGACAAGAUGAAGGGCUCGCAGGAGGACUCGGGGGACCUCAGUGCUGCCGCCUGUAGCUGCUGCUUCGAGGUUCUUCCCCCAAAGAUGGAGAGCAAAGGGUCGGACUGCGAGGCGCCGUCGGGGCGCUGCCAUCGGACCGCGGACUUUCAGAGCUCUAAGAACUACUUCACCUCGGAGCACAUGUGUCCUUCAUCGGAGCAGGUGGCCUAUGAUGGCCUCCCUUGCUGUUUCUACAAAGAGAUGAAGGUCCACCGGGCCGGGCCGGGACUGUACGCUGAGGACUAUGCCGUGAAUGUGCAGUACGCAGACUCGGACGUCUGCUCGGGACAGAGCUGCUGUGACCUCAACCAGAGGAUACCCAUAAUUCCCGAGGACACUGACUGUGAAACGGAGACGCACAGCAGUUUACUGCCCGACUGUGUGACUGUGGAGACCGAGACGUCGGAGCCCAGAGACGGUUGCUUCACCUCAGGACAGUCAGGAGGGCAGGACGAGGAGACCCGGGCUUUGUUCCGCCCACAGCUCCCCGCCAGCCCCUCCACAAAAGAGGCGGAGCUCCGCUGAACUUAUGCAUCUGGUACCGGAUCAGUCCAAUCAAUCAUUCAAACGUUGCCUUGUUCCAUCUUCUCUCCGUGUGCCGAAUGUUUUACCAGAACGUCUGUGGAUUUCUACUGAAAUGUCUUUUUCAUUUCUCGAAGUUCAUUCCCACCAUCCAAGGUGCUCAAACCAAAUCCGGCGCAUUCUUCUGUGAGGCCACAAACACGACUCGCAAACGUGCGCGCAGGAACGCCGUCGCCUGUUUGAUCCCGUCGCCGACUCGCGUCUUUGGAAACCAAAAGAUUGUGCGUUUAGUUUUUUUUUUUUUUCUAUCGGAGAGAAAGAUUUUAUCUACGAUCAGACGCGGAAAUGUGAAAACUCACACUGGUCUCUAUUUUGGAUACAAUUGUGGCCUCCUCGUACGAAAUGUGCCAGAGCAACACAGAGGCCUUAACGUCGCUAAGCUAAUUGUAGCAAUACGUCAAGACACGGCUGUUGGUCCCGCCCCGACCAAAGUGACUCGUGUCUCAGGGUCAGUGGAUUUCCUCAGAGACGGAGCGCUCUGAUUCUCUGUCUGUCGUUCGGAACCCCUCAUCGUGUCUCGGUCACGUACACCUCCCGCACUCUACACGACGUUGAAACGGAAUUGGACACCUUUAGCAUGCUAGCUGAUUCCGCUCACUAUAAACAGCGGCUUUUAAUGAGUUGCCUUUUGCAGCGCAAAUACUUUAGCUGCCACUGACUGUGGUGGGCUAUAAAAAUUUGUAAUAGGCAGGUAGCAACUGUCGCCACAACGAUUAGCUCUUGAGGAUGACUGGCAACAGUCUUUCUUUUUUUGUUUCUCAAAUUAAGAGUUUUUUGGACCGACAUCGCUCAGUUCCUGACUCUUCAACGUCGUGUCGAGUCUGUGUUUUCUUUCCCUCCGUGAGGCGCCACGCCUCCCCGGUUCUUACGAUUCUCGCCAAAGGAAAGGUUCAGAAGUGAGGCAGCGCCGGGCCAUCAAAGACCAAGAGAUUUAUUUUCAAAAUGAUCCAUAUUUAAAUAGAUGUCUAUGCUGUUCUUCCAGUCGAUCGUUUAUAUGAAAAAUAAUUUUAAAUUAAUAAAUUAACCAGUUAAAAGCCAGGGCUGCAACUGUGGUGCUCCUUCAGUCCAGGCUGUGCGGUGCAGCGUUUUAGUCUCAGUUUUUAGAUUUUUUUUUCCUUACAUAAAAGGCUGAAUUUAGAUCCUAUUAAAUAGAAGCUAACACACAUCGGUGAGCUACUUUAUUUGUUUCCUGUAUAACAACAUAAUUUUGUCGUAAACCUAUUUCCAGUACUUUAAAGCCUGGAAUAGCAGGACAGCUGAAAAAAGAUGCCUCACCUUGCUGGAACUGUACUGCCAGACUUUUGAUGAUAGUGGAGGCAUUUCCACCUUAGUCCUUCCGAUAAACACAAAGAGGAAAAACGUGUUUAUUGAAGAAGAACUUUUACUCACUAAUUCUACUUUAAAGAGUGAGGCGCAGCGAUUUGUUGCUCUUUCCAAGCCACUUUGUUUCAUUAUUUCCGUUGUUAAAUUCACAUUUUGAAUUCAGUUUUCGUCAAAUAAAAGAUUCUUAUCGCGACACUGUUAAUAGUUAACCGAACUGGAUUUCGUUGCUCCUCUAUUAAAGACAGUGCGGUCAAAGGGUUAACCCUUUAUUUCGUCCGCGAGUCUGGGAUGGCCCGAGCGCGCGCCGGCGGGUUCCACGAUGUACUGUGACUUUUCUUCGAUGUAACAAUGCAGUUUUCAUAUUGUGCCGUGCAUGAUGAUGACGCUCGCCUUCGUUUGUCCUGCAGACUGUUCCAUACUGUUUCUAUGAAAUAUUCACAACCGACACAACUAUUUAUGAUCCAGUCAGCAACUUUGAAUACUGCAAGUAACAUUUUGGGGUACUUGAGUCACUAUUUAAUUUUUGUAAUUGUUUCUAGCACUUAAGAUUUCAACUAUGUACAAACAAAUGAAUAUUUUUCAGAGUAAUUAUGUUUUACAGAGGCUGGAGACGAGUGUGUAUAUUUCUGCUCCUGUACAGGCGUCAUGAAUGGAAAUGUUCUCUGGAUAUUUAUUGACUAAUAUAUUUAUCUUUGUAAGCCAUGUCUUAUGUCUGACUGGAGGAAUCACUAACGUUGUACAUACAUGGUUAAUUGCACACGAUUAAAUCUUCUCUGACCAAAAAUCCAUUUUAAAAUUUAGUACUUCACCGUUUUGUAAUAAAGUGUACAAAGAUGUGUAAAAUAUACAGUUUUAUUCAAGUCGCUGGUCUUCGGCUCUUUUGUUUGUUGCGGUGACGCCGCCUCAGACUGUUGUUACAGUGAAGAGUCUCAUGUGUAUUAGCCUCAUUAUUCCUCAUCCGGACUCACUCCCAUCCUCACUCGUGAACAAAACCUUGAGGAGUCACAUGACCUCCUCCUGCUGCAGAAGUGUCCUAUAUUGAGGCGUAUUUAUGAUCCAAAU